GGCUCUUUCGUCUAUGCCCAAUCUGUCAUCGGGCAAAGAAUGUCUGAGGCAGCUGGCUUUCUAGGCACUCUGUUCAGCCCCAACAACUGCUUUUGUGGACAUAGGGCUGGAUUCUCCAUACAGCUGAGGUAGCGGAAGUGAACGCAAUAUCAUACUACAAAAUCUGACGACCUAAUCCCCUCUACCGACUUAUCCCUUCCAUUAAAACCACACGUCGCGUCUAGGUCACCUCACAAAAUAGCCAGCACGGAAGCUGAUAACAUGGUUGAACAGCUAUCUGUGCCGCACCAACAUACCCCCAGCCUUCAAGAGGUCGUGCAAGGUCUUGAUGACACCCAACUCGCCGCCAGCCUAAGAGGAAUUGAUGACGAUCAAGUUCAGCGCAUCGUCCAGUGCUUGCAUGGCCUUAACAACUAUGGAAAUCAGCGCCUUGAACAGAGCGGAGUUCAAUCUUGGGCCCGAGAUGCUCAAGCAAUCAGCCCAUACUACCCCCAUCCAGCGACAGGGUACUACAUUUAGCUAUGAACUUUGGUGGGCACCUGUUAUAUGGUACCCCACGUGGUAUUAUGUGCCGCUCACUCGUUAUAGAGUCCCCAACAGGUCACGCGGUUGAACUCAUUCGAGUCUUGUUUAGUGAGACAUGUAGUACGUUGGCGUGUUCACAUUGGUUUGUUGUUCACAUCGAGA